AUGGGUUGGUGGAAAAGCCUCCAGGAUACAUUCCACCCUCCUCCGCCUCGUCGCGCACGACCGCCCGGCUUCGUCCCUCCUCCCCCUCCCACAGAAGUCCCUCUAGACCCCAUAUCCGAUCUCGAAUCCAGCAAAUUAUCAUGGCCUUCCACGCCGCGCCGCCCCCCAUUCGCCGGUCGGCGCACAUUCACACGCAUCCUCAUUUCCAUGACAGUCUUUAUGUUUCUCGUUAUUAUAUUCUCAGUCGGUGGAGCCUCGCCCUCGAGACCGCCCACGAUUUCGUCAGAUAACGCAGAAGAAUCCUUCUCUCCCAAUCUUACUCCACCGCCUCCAAGGCCGGAGACAUUUCCGUUCCUCAAGAACUACUAUAAAGGUCUAUUCAGCCUUGCCAACAGCGAUAUGAAUGUCCCCGAGUACCCACCGCGUCUUGCGCAUGAGCGAGAAUUGGUCCUAGGGUCAUCACGGCCAGAUGCAGUAACCGGCGGCGGAAAGACCGCCGGAAGUAGGGCGUUUAGUCCGUAUCCUAAGUACGACCAUGACGAAUACCGGCGGACUUGGGAAGGGGAGUACAAAGAGUGCUCAUUUGACGAAGACGAGAACUCGGGAGAGACAAGAGGUCGACCAGAGAUUAGAGUUUUCGAUGGUGCACCGGAGGGUAUGCCUGCGCCGAUCUUCGGGUCGCAUAGAUUAUUAGGUAUCAAUGAUGAUGUGUGUUAUGACCGGUAUGGCAGAUAUGGCACAUAUGGAUAUGGAUACGAAGAUUUUAAGGGCGGUUUGGGAGAAGCCGUGUAUGACGGUGGUGAUAAUGAGACCGAUAUAGAGACUGGCUGGGGACCGGGCAAAAUGCCAUUCAAGAGAAUCGAUUGGAGAGGUGUUGAUUGGGGCACACUUCAAAAGAGCUGUUAUGAGAAAAAUAAAGGCCGGUUCGAAAAUGUGGAGACAAAGGAUACUUUGUACCCGAGUGAAGAUUAUAUGGCCGUCAAUGUUGUAGAGGACCGGGAACAUAGCACUUUAAAGGCACGAGGCAUGCCCGGUGGCGGGUUUCACAAGCAAAAGAAACACGUUCCGCGGACCGCAGUUCUUGUCCGGACCUGGACCGGUUACCAAUACAGCGCCGGCGACAUUGCAUUCCUUCGAUCCCUCAUCUCUGAGUUAUCCAUCAACACCGGUGGAGAAUACAGUAUCCACUUACUCGUUCACUCCAAGGACAACAAGGUCCCCAUCUGGUCCGACAAUGAAGUUUACCGACAGGUUCUCCAAGAAAAUGUCCCAGAAGAAUUCUGGGGAAUUGCAGAACUAUGGAACGAAGCCAUGAUGGGAUCCAUUUAUGCGAGAAUGGAUCCGUGGAAGUACAGAGAACUCCCACUACACGGUGUGUACCGUAGCACCUUCAUGCCAGUCCAGUGGUUCGCGCACCGCCACCAGGAAUACGAGUUUUUCUGGAACUUGGAAGUCGAUGCGCGCUACACGGGCCAUUGGUACCAGUUCUUCGAGCAGAUAUCGUCCUGGGCGAAGAAGCAGCCACGUAAGCACCUUUGGGAGCGUAACGAACGCUUUUAUAUUCCCGAAGUUCACGGCAGCUACGCCAACUUCUCGGAAACAAUUUCCAAGACUAUACCCAAAAACUCUAGCAUCUGGGGCCCACCGCAAGUCGAGACAGUCACCAUUCACCCCGACGACCCCGUCCCACCUUUCGCAACGGCUGAAGAGGACGUAAACGCAGAAUGGGGAGUCGGCGAAGACGCCGAUCUCCUCACAAUGAACCCCAUAUUCGACCCCGAGGGCACUGACUGGGGUCUCAGUCCCGACACCACCGGCUAUGGAACCUAUACAGAAGCCUCCUACCGCUACAACCAAGACCCGCGCAAAGACCGCCUCAAAGAGCCUUCCCCACCACCCCCGGGAACGCCCACCGGCCCGCCCCGUCGCACCGCAAUCGUCGCCAUCUCCCGCCUCUCCCGGCGGCUCCUCAACCGCAUGCACUGGGAGAACGCCGUGCAGGGCCACACCAUGUUCUCCGAGAUGUGGCCCGCAUCAUGCGCCUUCCAGCACGGCCUCAAGGCUGUUUUUGUCCCGCACCCCACCUACAUCGACCGACAGUGGCCCGCCGAGCAUCUCGAGAAGACAUUCAACAUGGGUGUCUACGGCGGCCAGACCGUGUUUGGCGAGGCGAACCAGUACAACUUUCUCGGCAGUACGUGGUUCUACGUCUCGGGCUUUCCGGCAGUGCUGUGGACGCGGUGGUUGGGCGGGGAGGCGCAUAACGAUGGUGGAGAGGCGUGGGAUAGGGAGCGCGGGAGGAUGUGUUUGAAGGGUGUGUUUAUGCAUCCCAUCAAGGGAUUGUGA